AUGGAGCGCUUCUUGGGCUUUGUCAAGCAGAUACGAAGAUCGAGAAGAAGAAAAGGCAAAAAGUACCGGCCAGAGGAGGAUUACCACGAGGGCUAUGAGGAUGUCUACUAUUAUGCCUCAGAACAUUUUCGAAAUGAGAGUCCUUACACAAAAUCUGCAAACCAGGCAAAGGCACCUGAUGGAGCACUGUCUGUGAGGAGACAGAGUAUUCCAGAGGAAUUCAAGGGCUCAACAAUAGUUGAAUUAAUGAAAAAAGAAGGCACCACCCUAGGGCUCACAGUAUCGGGUGGUAUUGACAAGGAUGGGAAACCAAGAGUAUCUAACCUUCGACAAGGAGGAAUCGCUGCGAGGAGCGACCAGCUGGAUGUAGGAGACUACAUCAAAUCUGUGAAUGGAAUCAACCUGACCAAAUUUCGCCAUGAUGAGAUCAUCAGCCUGCUCAAGAAUGUUGGUGAAAGGGUUGUGUUAGAAGUGGAGUAUGAACUGCCUCCAAUCUCUGUACAAGGAUCAGGUCUCAUCUUUAGAACUGUGGAAGUUACUUUACAUAAAGAAGGGAACACUUUUGGAUUUGUAAUAAGAGGUGGAGCACACGAUGACAGAAAUAAAUCUCGUCCUGUAGUAAUAACAUGUGUCAGACCUGGAGGGCCUGCUGACAGAGAGGGCACAAUCAAGCCUGGGGACAGGCUGCUGAGUGUGGAUGGGAUUCGACUGUUGGGAACAACACAUGCUGAAGCCAUGAGUAUUCUCAAGCAGUGCGGGCAGGAGGCGACUCUGCUGGUUGAAUACGAUGUCUCAGUGAUGGAUUCAGUAGCAACAGCUUCUGGGCCACUGCUAGUUGAAGUUGCCAAAACUCCUGGUGCUGCUCUUGGGGUUGCACUAACUACCUCGAUGUGCUGCAACAAACAGGUCAUUGUCAUAGACAAAAUCAAAUCUGCAAGUAUUGCAGACAGAUGUGGUGCAUUACAUGUAGGAGACCAUAUUCUGUCCAUUGAUGGCACCAGCAUGGAGUACUGUACACUGGCGGAAGCAACGCAGUUUUUGGCUAAUGCAGCUGAUAAUGUCAAACUGGAGAUCCUUCCCCACCACCAGACACGGCUAGCACUGAAAGGCCCAGAGCACGUGAAGGUUGAAAGGAGCAACAGACAACUUACCUGGGAUUCGUGUGCCAGCAGCCAGAGCAGCCUCCUCACCUACCACCAUUAUAACACCUACCACCCUGACCAUUGCAGGAUGCCAGCCUUGAAAUUCCAGAAAGCGCCUCCUCAAAAAAGCCUUCCUCUGGUGUCUUCAUCCUUCUCUCCUACCUCCAUGAGUGCAUACAGCCUGAGUUCCCUCAACAUGGGGACCUUACCUCGCAGCCUCUACUCCACCAGCCCACGUGGGACAAUGAUGAGGCGGAGGAUGAAAAAGAAGGACUUCAAAAGCUCCUUGUCUUUAGCCUCUAGCACUGUUGGUUUGGCUGGACAGGUCGUCCACACAGAAACCACAGAAGUGGUGCUGACAGCUGACCCCGUAGUGGGGUUUGGGAUCCAGCUCCAGGGCAGUGUGUUUGCUACUGAGACCUUGUCCUCCCCACCUCUCAUUUCCUACAUCGAGGCCGACAGUCCAGCAGAAAGGUGUGGGGUGCUGCAAAUAGGAGACAGAAUAGUGUCAAUAAAUGGUGUCCCUACAGAAGACAGCACGUUUGAUGAGGCCAAUCAACUGCUCAGAGACUCCUCUAUCACCAACAAGGUCACUUUGGAAAUAGAAUUUGAUGUUGCAGAAUCAGUUAUACCAAGCAGUGGAACAUUUCAUGUGAAACUACCAAAGAAGCAUAAUGUGGAACUUGGCAUCACCAUAAGUUCUCCAUCAAGUAGAAAACCAGGGGACCCUCUGGUUAUUUCUGAUAUCAAGAAAGGAAGUGUUGCUCACAGAACUGGGACACUGGAGCUGGGUGAUAAGUUGCUGGCAAUAGACAAUAUUCGACUUGACAACUGCUCAAUGGAAGAUGCUGUCCAGAUCCUCCAGCACUGCGAGGACCUUGUCAAGUUAAAGAUCCGCAAGGACGAAGAUAAUUCUGAUGAGCAGGAGAGCUCUGGAGCAAUUAUUUAUACCGUUGAGCUCAAGCGCUAUGGUGGGCCUCUUGGAAUUACAAUCUCUGGUACUGAAGAACCCUUUGAUCCCAUAAUCAUUUCCAGCCUCACGAAAGGAGGAUUAGCUGAAAGGACUGGGGCAAUUCACAUAGGAGACAGAAUCCUAGCAAUAAAUAGUAGCAGUCUGAAAGGAAAACCUUUGAGUGAAGCCAUUCAUUUGUUACAGAUGGCAGGAGAAACUGUCACCUUGAAAAUCAAGAAGCAAACAGAUGCUACCAGUCCCAAGAAAUUUUCUGUGCCUGUGGGUCACGUGAGUGAGCUGAGCGAUGCUGAAGAGGAAAGCUCUGCUGCACAGAAGGCUGGCAAGCUCUCAGACCUCUAUUGCACUGCAGUCCCGAGUGUCGACAGCGCAGUGGAGUCGUGGGAUGGCUCUGGCAUUGAUACCAGCUUUGGAAACCAAGGACACACCUAUCAGGCUUCAGGAUACAGCUUCAACACCUAUGAAUGGAGGAGUCCCAAGCAGGGCAGUUUGUCCCCUCCAGGCAAACCGCGGAGCCACCCAUUCCAUGAUCCAGGGCUGAGUGACGACGAGUGGGACCGACCUGCAGCAAGCACCACAGCUUCCAAGAAUAUGUGGCAACAGAAGGAGACUGAGACAUUGGGAGAGAAUCAAGAAAACCAUUUAAAGCAACCAUCUGUAGAAAGAUCAGGUGGAGAGAGCAUCAGGAAGAAAGAGGGAAAGAUGUGGAAAGGUGCCUCUGGAGGGCAAAAGAAAGGUGGGGGACAGCUGGAAGAGUGGAAUACUUCCAGCUUCACAGGUACCCAUGAUAACACCGAGGCUGACCAGGAGGAAAAUUUCUGGUCUCAGGCUCUGGAGGAUUUAGAGACCUGUGGCCAGUCAGGAAUUCUGAGGGAACUAGAGGCCACAAUCAUGUCAGGAAGUACAAUGAGUUUGAAUCAUGAGAACCCACAACCUCGUAACCAGCUGGGAAGACAAGCCAGCUUCCAGGAAAGAAGCUCUGUAAGGCCACAUUACAGUCAAGCUACUCGUAGCAACACAUUGCCAUCAGAUGUGGGGAGAAAGUCCAUGGUUCUGAGAAAAUUUAAGCAAGAAAUGAAAGAAAUCAUGUCACCAACUCCUGUGGAGUUACACAAGGUAACUUUGUACAAGGACUCUGAUGGAGAAGACUUUGGGUUCAGUGUCUCAGAUGGUUUAUUGGAAAAAGGAGUGUAUGUUAAAAACAUUCGACCAGCUGGCCCUGGUGAUCUGGGAGGUUUAAAACCAUAUGACAGACUUCUACAGGUAAACCACGUUCGCACCAGAGACUUUGACUGCUGUUUGGUUGUGCCCCUCAUCGCAGAAUCUGGCAAUAAGCUGGAACUGGUCAUUAGCAGAAACCCCCUGGCAUCUCAGAAAGGAAGCUCAGAACAGCAGACUUCAGGGAGUGGGGAGUGGAGCGACCCGAACGCUGCCUUCCUUCAGCAGAGCGGACACAGCAGUGUCAGCACGGAGACACGGGACCCUACAAACACCUUAUAGCAGAAACCACUGGAGCGCGACGUUCGGCAACUAAAGACAAUUAUGGUGCUAAAUCCAUUCAAGAUUUCUCUGAGACUGAGGCUCAGAUGCUGUACAGCACUGAAAAGCACAGGAGGUCAGUUGGUCUGUCUCAAGGCUUCUAUUAAUCCACAGUUACUUUGGAAUUAGUUUCAUUCUUCAUUAAGUCAUUUUCCAUUCUAAGCAAUCUAGGACUAGUAACAGUAAAAAAAAAAAAAACCACAUAAAGGGCCUUUUUUUUCCCCAAAUAAGAAACUGGGGAGAUGCUUUAAACAUGAUCUAAAUGUUCUUCUCCCUUCAGCAACAGCAGCUGUUUGAGGGAAAAACAUGGAGUUAACCUCUGCUAACAAACAGUAGUGUCCAGGUUACGCUGUUUUUAAAAAUCCUUUCAAGAGGAAGGUGCUGCUGUCUGAUGGACAAGGCAGAGUGCUUACUGCACUGGGUUUUCCUGGGAAAUGGCUGCAUCUCUGAUUUUGGAAACCUUUAUUCGCUGGCGAGAUGGGCGCACUCAUUAGACAAAGCAGGGUUUAGAUGCUAUAACAAAAUGCUUGCAGGAAGCUGCAGUUUGCAUUGAACAUUGCUCCCCACUUCAGCAAACUUUGUUAGAACAUAUGUUAUUCCCUAUGCAAUGAAAUAUUUAAUGGUAUGUCUUGCAACCUGUGGGGAUUUUUAAGCAGAGACUUUUUUAGUGGGAUAAAAUCUCUGAUGAGGGAGUAAUGAAAAGAGUGAAACUAAAAUCAGUUCAGACAAACUAGAAAGGUUUUUUAAAAGAAAAUGGCUUUUUUAAAAUUAUGUCAGUGGAGAUUGAUACAAAAGCUCUUUAAUGAUCCAUAAACCUAUAAACUUGUACUGUCACAAAUGAGCUUUUUAAAUCAAUCAGUUUCUUGAAGGAAGAAAGGUCCUAUUUAAUAUGCUUUGUUUUCAGCCUUCUUUAUGAUAAACAUUACCCCCUACAACACAUUUUUAGAAUAUAAAACUGUAAAUAUAUUUUACAAACACAUCACACAAAUUGUCUCCUCUCCCCUCUUCCCCCAAGCAAUAAAAUACUGCCAGUUGCUUUAUAUGCUCACCAGCAGCUGCAUUGGUUUAUUCUGGUAUUCAAGUUGUUAUUGGUAAUUAUUGUUAUUGGUGAAUAUAAAGAUACUGGAUUUGUACAUUUGUAGAUUCUCCAUAUCUAAGCAAUCACCUUACAGAGUUGUUUCUGGUCAAUUUAAACUGUUUAAUGUAUCCCUGUUGCUGUUUCCAAUGCAUAAACAAGCUCACCUGCCCUGCACACACACAAGUAACUCUGAUUUCUAUUUCAGCACUGCCAGAGAAGGUCAGAAUGACAUUAUAGGCUGAAUCAUGUUAAAAAAAAAAAAAAAAAAACAAAAACUCCCAGGUUCAUGAGUCACUUAAAUAUGUAUUUUUAUUUGUAACAAAUAAGUAUUAAACUGUAAAGUAUUUUUGUACAAAUUUAAUACUUUAAUAGCAUGAUAUUUAUCGUCUAUGUUAUGUUUUUUGAAAUUCAAACUGUUGCAAAUAUUUGUAUGGAAAAACUGUAUAAAUUGAAAUAAACAGUGAUUUGAAGACAUUAAAAAUGAGGUAGAGUUUUUCUACUUCAUAUUUUUCCCAGUUUUUUUCCCAGAGUUUUAGAAAAAAAAUACCAUUUUUAUAUUUGUGGUAUACUUUUUCCUACCAUAAGUGAUAAGAAAAAAUUGUAGAAGGUAAGCAGGUUCUCCACAUUUUAUUACAAUGUGUCUGAUGUUUGAUUCAACAUUCAGUUAUUAAUCUCAAAACUGCAAUGCAGCAAGUCCCACAGUACACAUGAGAAAGCUGAAAGUGGAAUGUUCUUUGAACUCUGAUUUGGAGUUUUGCUUUUCUUAGCAAGAUCAUCAUCAGCACAGAACUAUUAGCUAAAGCAGGAGUGGCAAGUUCUACAUCAUAGAAAAAGUUUUCUAUGUCCCUGAUUGUAACUUUCUUGUUAUGUCUGUAACAAGAUUAAAACACAUAAUCCAUCAAGGCUUCAUGGCCACAAAUCUGCCACAUCAGAAAAACCGAGACCCCUUUGUAAACUGUUUUUUUUUUUUCCUCAAGGAAUCUAUAGUUUUGGCACAUCAGUAAAGAGCAUCUCAUCAAUAUUGUAGCAUUCGGAGAUGGAUAAAUCUUGGUAUGGAAAACUAGGAGUCUUUAAACCAAAAUACAUCCUUGUGUAUUUUUUAAGGGAACAUCUGGAACCUCAAAGUCCUGUAAGUCCAUUCUUCAGCAAAACCAAAGAAUUACAUGGUUUUUGGUGGCCAGCACACCAGUGAAUCUACUAAAAAUGGAUCACUGAAAAUUUGAGAGGCUCAGCAUAAAACAAGCUGUUCUUCACAGAA